GAACUGCGGCCAUGACGGUUGUAAAUAUCCAGUCUAAUUCAGUAACUCGUUUCCCAAGCUUGCCUGGGCACCGUCUGGGAUGAGGGGUAGGAACGAGGAUGGAAAAGGUAUCUUUCAGAUGAAGGCAUUGAAGCUUGCACAAGUUCUCCCGACAAAGUCAAUGUAAAUGACAUCAUCCUGAUUGCUCUCAAUACCUGAGAACAAUUGGCAAGAAAUUCCUUCCCAGUGACAUCAAUGGUGGAAAGGUAGAAAAGCUUGAAGGUCCGUGUGUUCUGCAAAUUCAAAAAAUUCGUAAUGUUGCUGCACCGAAGGAUAAUGAGGAGUCUCAGGCUGCACCAAGGAUGCUGCGUUUGCAGAUGACUGACGGUCAUAUAAGUUGCACAGCAGUAGAAUUCAGUUAUAUGUCAAAAAUAAGCCUGAACACACCUCCUGGAACUAAAGUUAAACUAUCAGGUGUUAUUGACGUAAAAAAUGGAUUUCUGCUUUUGAAUGACUCUAACACUACGGUUCUUGGCGGUGAAGUGGAACAUCUUAUUGAAAAAUGGGAGUUACAGAGAAGCUUAUCAAAACACAAUAGAAGCAACAUUGGAACUGAAGGUGGACCACCUCCUUUUGUGCCUUUUGGACAGAAGUGUUUAUCUCAUGUCCAAGUGGAUAGCAGAGAACUUGAUCGAAGAAAGACAUUGCAAGUUACAUUGCCUGUCAAAACUACAAAUGAUAAUGAUGAAUUUGAAAAGCAAAGGACUGCUGCUAUUGCAGAAGUUGCAAAGAGCAAAGAAACCAAAACAUUUGGAGGAGGUGGUGGUGGUGCUAGAAGUAAUCUCAAUGUGAGUGCUGCUGGUAACCGAAACAGGGAAAUUUUACAGAAAGAAAAGCCAACCAAAUCAGAGGGAAAACACGAAGGUGUCUAUAGAGAACUGGUUGAUGAGAAGGCCCUGAAGCACAUAACAGAAAUGGGCUUCAGUAAGGAAGCAUCCAGGCAAGCUCUUAUGGAUAAUGGCAACAACUUAGAAGCAGCAUUGAAUGUACUUCUUAACAGCAAUAAACAGAAACCAGUUAUGGGCCCACCUCUGAGAGGUAGAGGAAAAGGCAGGGGGCGAAUACGAUCUGAAGAUGAAGAGGACCUGGGAAGUGCAAGGCCGUCAGCACCAAGCACAUUAUUUGAUUUCUUAGAAUCUAAAAUGGGGACUUUGAGUGUGGAAGAACCUAAGUCACAGCCCCAGCAGCUUCAUCAGGGACAACACCGACUAUCAAAUACUGAGCAGAAUGGAGUAAAAGAUAACAACCAACCGAGAUUCGUUCCUCGAAAUGAUACCAGGCAGCCAAGAAAUGAAAAACCUCCUCGUUUUCAAAGAGAUGCCCAAAAUUCAAAGUCAGGUUUGGACAGCAGUGGAUUACCUAGAAACAGAGGUUCUGAAAGACAAGGUACUUCUUCAGGAUCUGAAGUAUGGACUGAAGAGAGACUCAGGUGUGAUCGACCGUAUUCUAGAUAUGACAGAACUAAAGACACUUCAUAUCCUCUAAGUUCUCAGCACAAUGAUGGUGCUUUUAAAAAAAGAGAUAACUCUAUGCAAAACAGACCAGGAAAAGGUCCAUCAUAUGCAGAGGCAAGAGAAAAUCCACUUGCUCAAGAAUCCAUAGAUUAUAAUCAUCAAAAACGUGGGAAGAGAGAAAACCAGACAGCUAAUCUUGAUUAUUUUUAUGACAGAAAGUCACGAACAAUAAAUAAUGAAACUUUCAGUGGGAUAAAAAUUGAAAAGCAUUUUAAUGUAAAUACUGACUACCAGAAUCCUAUACGAAGUAAUAGUUUUAUUGCUGUUCCAAAUGGAGAGACAGAAAUACCGCUGAAAGGAAGACGAAUAGGACCUAUUAAGCCAGCAGGGCCUGUCACAGCUAUGCCCUAUGAUGAUAAAAUAUUUUACAAUAGUGGGCCUAAAAGAAGAUCUGGGCCAAUUAAACCAGAAAAAGUACUAGAAUCAUCUAUUCCUAUGGAGUAUGCAAAAGUGUGGAAACCUGGAGAUGAAUGUUUUGCACUUUAUUGGGAAGACAACAAGUUUUAUCGAGCAGAAGUUGAAGCACUCCAUUCUUCAGGUAUGACAGCUGUUGUUAAAUUCACGGAUUACGGAAACUAUGAAGAGGUGCUACUGAGCAAUAUCAAGCCCAUUCAAACAGAGGCAUGGGAGGAAGAAGGCACCUACGACCAAACCCUUGAGUUCCGUAGAGGAGGUGAUGGUCAGCCAAGACGAUCGACUCGGCCAACCCAGCAAUUUUAUCAACCUCCCCGGGCUCGGAACUGAUAAAAAGAGUUUUGUCAAGAAAGGAGCCUUGAUGGAAACAUGCUGCUCAAAUCCUGUUGAUCGACUCUCUACUUUCCCUUCAGUAUAGAUGCAGCCAUGGAGGAUAUCAUUAUUUGAAGAAAGAAAAAGAAGCCUUUAGGGGAAAGAAAAGAGUCAACCUUCACAAAGAGUAGGAAAAAGUACUGAGUUAAGUAAAGCAAAAGGAAGACUUAACAAGCGAAAGGAAGACUUUUUUCUUCUGCCAUCAAUAAAACCAUUGCGCUAUUAUA